AUGGCUGAUGAGAAAGGUUUCCUGAAGGGAGGCGAAGAGAAAGGAGAGGAGCCCGCCGUGACCCUCACCGGUGGGGAGUACUCGGUGAGGCAGGCGGAGGAGGAGGAAGGACGGAGGACGGUGGAGGCGGGGGCUGACGUCUAUUCAGCGGCCUACAGACAUCCAGACCUCCUGCUGCUGGCGGCUGAAGAAGAGCAGUGUCGGCAUAUCCGCAGGCAGUACCGGCAGCUCAUGCUCACCAUCCAGCAGAACCGGGAGGACAUAGUGAACACGGCCAACAACUCGUUAGCCGAAGCCCUUGAAGAAGCCGACAUCCUGUUCGACGGAGUGAGCAGAACAAGAGAAGCAGCCCUCGAUGCCCAGUUUCUUGUUAUGGCUUCUGAUUUAGGUAAAGAAAAAGCAAAGCAGUUAAACUCCGAUAUGAACUUUUUUAACCAAGCAGCAUUUUGCGAUUUUCUAUUUAUAUUUGUGAGCCUAAAUUGGUUGGAAGAUGAGCGUAAUGCGUUGAGCGGUUAUGAUGAUAACAUAACUUUUUCUUUCUGGGAGACAGUACAGAAGGAAGCAACAUCUUGGAUAUUGCAAGCUGAAACAUUCCGUUUUAUUUUUGGUUCAUUCAAGCUCGAACCUUCUACACCAAAGCCCCCACUUGAACAUCAGAGGAAAGUUCGCAAAAUGGAAGAAAAUGGAGAUAUGCCUACGAAGUUGAGGAAGCUGGACCUGAGUAGCAAUCAAGAAACUACAGAAAAAGAAGUAGAAAGAAUCUUGGGAUUGUUGCAAACCUACUUUCGAAAGUAUCCUGAUACACCUGUGUCCUAUUUUGAGUUUGUGAUUGAUCCCAACUCUUUUUCUCGUACUGUGGAGAAUAUAUUUUAUGUUUCUUUCAUUAUAAGGGAUGGUUUUGCAAGAAUAAGGCUUGAUCAAGACAGGCUGCCAAUAUUAGAGCCAAUUAAUAUUAACCAAAUGGGUGAGAUAAAUGAUUCCAAUUCCCAUGUCAGGAAACAAGGAGUUAUAUCUUUGAGUUUACAGGACUGGAAAAAUAUUGUGGCAACUUUUGAAAUUUCAAAAGCUAUGAUCACAAACUCAUACUAA